AAUAAGUGUUCAUAUUAUAAAAACAAUCCUUAAGAUACUUUCACGUAAAAACCUUGCUUCAGAAAAAAAGCCAAUCGAACCAAUUGUUACCUGGCAACGAGGUAACAACAACUACUGAAGUGUAACUUUACAAGCCUGAUGCUUUACAUACUGUAACUGCAAAGGGAGUCUCUGGAAGAAGACCUGUAAGGUUUAGCCAGUUCUGUGUUCAUCAAUCUCACUAGAAAAGAAAGUAAUUGUUUACAUGAGGGUGGAUCAGCUUCUUCUGCCUCCCUCACAGAUCCUCCACAGUGCUCUCUCCUGUCUGUCUUUCUUCUCUUUACAAUUUUCUGUCUUUUUACACUGGGGUUUUAUAUCUUGGAUUCUUGAGUUGCUCCUCAUUCCUCUAUCAAUACUGUCACUUCUUUCUGCAAUUUUACUUUUAUUAUUUUGCAUCAUUCUCACAAUUGAAUGAGGUUUUCAGUAGCCUGAGCUAAACGCAUGCAGCUCAAGCCUAGCCCUGGGGUCACAGACAGUUGAGUCAUAGGAGAUUAUAAGAAAUGAUGAGAGCCCACCGGUGUUUCCCCGUGCCCCAGCCUGCUCUGAUCUCACACUUGAGAUCAGCACAGCGCUCGGCCCCAGCUGAGCUCCCCCAGACAGGGAAUGCCAGUGCUGUGAAAGGCAACACCGUCUGGCAGAGCUGCCGGUGCCCCGCCAGCUGUAAUUCCAGUGCCUCCCAGAGCACGCCUGGGCUGCUUUGUUGGUGCUGCUAAAACACCAGAAUUCAGCUGCAGCAAGGACCCAACAAACAGCGGUACACCAGGAACUCCUACUGGGAAGUUGAGGGUUAUGGAAGUUAGAUUUCUGUUUCUAUGACAGUAAAUUUUGUCUUUUAAAGGGUGGCAAUGAACUGCCAAGAAAAGGGCGCCAUUUCCCUCUCAGUUUACACUGUUGAUUCAUUAUUCAUCAUGCAGCAUUAGAGAGCUUAACUGAAGGUCUCUGAGAGAAGUCUCAAGCAGUACACCAUAGAAGUUCAGUAGCUAAGAUGCUGUUGAUUCUUUAAAAGUGAGAUAUAACUCAGUCUAAAACAAAGCAGCUUGACAGAUUUUUUUUCCCAAAGCAUUUGUUUGCAAGAACAAUAUAAGAAGAAUUGAACAUGGGCUCGAUGUCUGGAAGCUACACUUGAUACAGAGUUUUCUAUUUUUAUCAUUACAAAUGUCAUAAUAUGUUUGCUGCUGCAACCAAAAACUUCGUUAAACAGGUUGGUGAUGGAGGAAGAUUAGUUCCCGUGCCCAGCCUCAGUGAAGCUGACAGAUACCAACCUCUGAGCCUUGUCAUUAAAAAAAGAAAAUGUUUGCUUUCAAAAAAAUCUAAAUUUGCUUCAACACCUUUCACAUUAAAAGACAUUCUUCAAGGGGAGAAAGAAAUUUCUGCAGGUGUCUCGUCUUACCAGUUGCUCAACUAUGAAGACAAAUCAGAUGUUUCACUUAAUGGCAGAAGAGGAAAUCAGAUAAUGAAUGAUGUUGGUUUUGAUGUUGCUGGAUCAGAUUCCAUUGCCUUUAAAGCUUCAUUUGGCAUAGUGACCAAACAUGAAGUUGAAGUACCAACAUUACUGAGAGAACUUACUACAAGAAAAAUAAACUUUGAUCAUUGUCUAGUCCAUCAAUCAAGAAAAAGUAGGAUGGAAAUUUUGUGUGUGGUCAUGGAAAGUAUUCGAACUACAAGGCAGUGCUCAUUAACUGUCCAUACUGGAAUGCGUGGAGAGACAAUGAGGUUUCAAUUAAUUGAAGAUCAGAAUUCUAAAGGGCGGGACAAAGCCAUUGUUUUUCCUGCACAUACAACUAUUGCUUUUAGUGUAUUUGAACUCUACAUUCAUUUGGAUGGUAAUUUCGAACUUUGUGUGACUCCAAUUGCAAAAGGAGGAUUUGAAAGAGAGAAAUCUGGAUCAUCUUCACUGAUCAAAUUCAGGAGAUUAAAGAAUAAUCUGUUUCAUCGAAAUAAAGGAGUAGUGGAAAUCGUUGCUAACUCUGAUCCUUACUUGGAAGACCUUUUUACAGAUUAUUAUGAAAAAGCUGCAAGCAUGACAGAUCUCUCUACAAGCUAUCUCAGAGACGGUUCUCAUAUCCGAAUUAAUUUACUUAAUAACAACAUCCCCAAAGGCCCCUGUGUCCUCUGUGGAAUGGGAAGUUCAAAAAGGGAGACAGUCUAUGGAUGCCUGGAGUGUUCUUUUAAUGGACAGAAGUAUGUACGACUGCAUGCUGUGCCCUGUUUUGACCUCUGGCAUAAGAGAAUGAAGUAACUGAUCUGGGUAAGUGCCUGUUAUCACAGACAUGGGCAUAACUGUGCCACAAACUUUUCAGAGUUAGCAAAUAUGUGACAUGCAAAACGGUGAAAGUGCAAAACAUUUUAUUACGCUGUUUUCUUCAAAUUCUGUGCUUUGCAGUCAAUGACUUCUACUUUAAAAUGCACAUGAAUUUCCUGACAUUGCUGUUUUUCCUAGAACCUUCUCAUUAUCAUGAUAAUGAAAAACAUACUUUUAAAUAGUAUUUUCAUAAUGUCAGAAUAUAUGCUAGAACUUAAAGUUGUUUACACAAACUUGUUGUUAAACCCCAAAAUGUUGCCUUUCUCUACACUAACAUAUGAUGGUUAAAUGAGAAUAUUUGUUAAUAAUUCAGUGUUCUCAUGAAUGUUUAAUUGAAGUAUCAGAUUAAAA